CUUUCAAGUAAGGCCUCCAACAUUCUUCCAAAAAUGUAGAGACCAACAGUGGCAUAUUCAUCAACUCCAGACUUUGCAAGCUCAAUAUAUACAACAAAUAAAUAAUUUAAAAGAGAGAAUAGCAAUCGAGUUAUCACGCAAUUCAGUUGCCAGUGGGAAAAGUGGCACACCAGAUGGUCUCUCACGUGUGGAGAGACCUCAGUCGGUUUCUCCUAAACCAAAUCCACUGAAUAGUCACUCCCACCAUCCUCAUCCCUUGCCACAGUCGAAACCUCAGCGAACUCAUAUAAAUAAAUCGGUUGAUCCUGUUGUAGAAUUAGAAGCAGAGCGUCAGUCUUCAAGUUCAUCUGACACAGAGGACUUGAGUGAAGGAGAAUUGAAUGACCAAGAAGAGGGACCAGAUCAGAGUAUUGCUACUGCAGAAUAUGGUAGCAAUGAUGAAAAUGAUGUUGAUGAUGAAACAAUGUCUGGUGACAAUGAUGUUGAACAUUCUGCAAGAGCAGCAGCUGCCCUGCAUGAUAGCUCAGUUCUCAGUCAUAACCAGUCUCUCAGUUCUUGCUUUCUGUCAGAUCUGGAUUCCCUUACUGAGCAGUUGGGUGCAGUUGGAAGCCUCCAGCCUGACUUAAGUUCACCACAAGGAGAUGAAAUGAUGUUACUCCACUUGCUGGAAAUGCAAGGGCGAGGUGGACCUGAUCAUAGGAGACCGUGGAACAAACCUUGCCUUGGAGGAAUAGGCUCUAGGCAUAAGUCAAAUAGAAUGGUUCGGAAGCCAUUGUUACCCAUUGCUUCAAGUGUCUUAGAUACACUGCAGCUAGAUAUGGCAACUUUACUCCAGUCAAACCUUCCAACGUCACUUCAGAAUUCCAGUGGCCUCCCAGACCAUGAUCGUCCGGUGAACCACCUAACACUUUUGAGUGACUCCAGUCCUCCUACCAAAAGCACAUAUCGUCCUCCACUAGCACCACGUCCUUCUCUCUACAGUCACCAUGUAGCUGAAGAAGCAAAGAAGGAGCCACAAUGUGUUUCAAAUGUUGCAGACAAGGAUCUGAGCGAGUCAUCCAUAAUGUGGGUGAUGAAGUGCCUUAUAGUGUUGUGGGACCUCUCGUAAAUGUUAAUCAAUAUUUAUGUUUUUUAUGUAUGCAACUUACCAAGUAGUUACCUAGCUAUAGUUUCUAAACUGUUGGCAUCUAGAAUUCUAAAAAUUUGCGGUAGUGCUAUAUUGUUUUGGGCAGGCGACACCCCCUACCCACUACUCGGGGAGAGAGGAACCAACUUAGCACUGGUUUUCAGUUGUUUCUGCCGGCUGGUGCUGUCAACAGCUAGCUCAGUAGCAGCGGGAAUUUUGGAAUUAUUUAUUGUUGAAUAUCUGUCGAUGUUUGCUGAAGUACUCUAUUGAAUAUGGUAGCCUUUUCGGCAAACAUAUUUAGCUAUUGUUAGGAGUUUGAUGAAAUAGUUAAAUUUUUGCUUUGGUGUGAAUUAGCAAGUGUUAGGCAUGUCCAAUACAGCAGGCUCUCAUAGUAAUAGGUAUUGCAGCAAAGGCUACAAUACUAGGCUCAUUAAGGCCUGUUAUGACCCGCAUUCAGUUUGUGUUGAGUGUAGGGGCCAAUCUUGCACACCAACUUUGACUUGUGGGGAAUGUGUUGAUUGGGUUGACAAAACAUGGAAGACCUUAACUAGCCAUUUCAGUAAGUUAGAAAGAGACUGAAAGAGAAAGGCUGCUUCUAGAGUAAACACUAAGAAACAUUUAGUCAGGAUAUAACAGUUGGUACCAUCUCUUCUUCCUCUUCUGUUCGACGUUCCCCCUCUCUAAAUCAACCUAAUCUAACCCUGACACUAUCACCCGAACCUGAUGCCGUUGCCAGCCUUGGAGCACGAACAGACCUAAAAUUCUCUGUUACAUUAUAGGCGAUGGAGACUCUAGGAGUGUCUGUUAAGGUGCCAAUGGAGAAGGUAGGUAAUAAAGUGAGCGCCAGUGUUAGUGUUCUUGUAACAGAGCGCCAUUGGAAAGCAGUCUCGACUCUUCUCCAGCGGUUUGGACUCUGAGGAGUCUUCCCCCAGACACCAAUGGCGCUGUGUACAUGAGUCUCAUCCGCUGAAAAGGAGGACUUGUAACGUAUCACCAUCUGUCCCCUUGAGAAGACUAGCGUUUCACAAGAAGACCAGCAUCCUUCUUGUAGCUUUUGGAACAGUCCAGAGCAUUUUUCCUUAGAUGUUAGCUUUCCCCAAGGGCAAGGUAAAUCUUGUUCCUCGCCGAGGAAGUUGUCCUCUGGAUGUCAGUCUGAAGAGGUAGCACAAAGGAAAAGUUCUGAGUGUCUGUUGGCACUGGCUCUUUAUCCUCCCAUGCUUCCCUCUCCAGAUCUUCUGCCAUCUCCUCUGACUCUAAGAAGCAACUGAGUGUCUGUCAGUGCAUGUGCAACCUUCUUGUACGGAGGAGGGUAUUGUGUGUCCUUCAAUGGUUGUAGGAUUCAGGAGCACCCAUUGGCGCAGGAGACUACACUGGCACGUGAAUCUUCUCUUCUUCCAGAUCAAUCCUUGGCGCUCUCUCAUCCUAUGAUAUUGGAACCAGCGGUUUUUCAAGAGAGGGUUUUGUCCUCAGAGCACCCAGUGGUGUCCGUGCAUUCAUUGGCCCCCUCAAAUGCCAGGCUGCCCAUAAGUAUCUUUGGAACAGCCAACUGCUACAGGUGUAGUAUUUCGAACUUCAACGAUUUCAGAUCCUUCCAUUGUUACAAUUAAAAAUAAGCUUAAUAGUAUCUUAGGCUUUAUGAAAACUUAGACUCCUGCUCAACCUCAAACUGUUUUGUCCCCAGUUUCGAUGGAAAGAGAUGAUAAAGAGGAGGAAGAGGAUUAGGACACUUCUAUAGCUUACAAGUCGCUCCUUCGCUACUUUUUGCGAAUUUCUCAGACUUUUUCACCUACAGCUCCAACUUCACCAGAAUCCUCUUAUAUGAGAGAUAGUUAGUCAGACACGUCAAAAUGAACUGAACUAGUCCUUUCCUUUUCUGCUCGCAAAGCCUUGAAAGAUAUUAAUCUUUGGCUUGUGGACAAGAGGGAUCAGGGAAAAGUUAAAUUUUAACUUCCCUUCUUCUUGCCUUUCCACAAGGAGGCACUUGUCUUACAAGACUAGGGAGGCUUUCUCUUUGGGUAUUUUUGCCUCCGCCCAGUGGGACUUUUCUGGUCUUAUUGAUUCAUCCAGGAGGAUGGCAUUUAAUUCUGCCAAAAUAAUGUUUUCAGUGUCAGAACUGGACCACCUUACUAAAAACAUAUUUAGGGUUUUUGAGGUAAACUUCUUGGAUUGGGUAGUGGGAUCCUUGGGUCAGAAGAUCAAGGGAUGCUCCACUUAGGAUGUUAUUUCUUGCCUUGAUAAAGGUAUAAGAGAUAGCUUGUUGGAGUUGACCUCUCUUUUUACUCUAUGCAAUCUUAAAAAGAGAGAACUUUGGUGUUCAUUCACCACUAAAGGCAUUUCUCUGAUGCAGAGGUCUGCCUUACUUUACUCUCCUCUGGGUAGGAGACACCUCUUCCCAGAUGACACUGUGGUUCAAGUUUCUUCUGAGCUUCAGAAGAAAUCCACCCAGGAUUUAUUCUCGCAACCGACUAAACGUCCUUGUGAUCCAACUCCCAGUUCUUGCCUCACGCCAGCUACACAUGCUCAGCCCUUUCGCAGCAGGGGAGUAUCUAGAUCCUUCCCUAGAUCUAUGGGGAGAGCUUACAUCACCUCUAGAGCAAUUAUGAAGUCCUCAUCUGAGUCCUCAACAAAAAAGUGAAUGUUUAGUCCUUUGUGCACUGGUAGGGGCGAGGCUCCACUAUUUCUGGAGAAAUUGGGAAGUAAGAGGGGCGGAACCAUGGAUCGUUUAAGUUUUGAGAGAGGGCUAUGUGAUACCUUUUGAGAGCAUUCCGCCAUUGUCCAGCUCUCUGAUGAAUUUGUUGGCCUACUCAGAAGGUUCAGACAAAUUCAUUGUCCUUUCGGAGGGAGUUAUGUCCUUCUUAAAGAAAAAGGCCAUAGAGUUAAUGACAGAUCACGUACUCCAAGGUUUUGUACAUGAACUUCCCUGACAGAUAUAUACUUAGCUAUAGUCUCCGACGUUCCCGACAGAAUUUCAAAUCUCGCGGCACACGUGACAGGUAGGUCAGGUGGUCUACCUUACCCGCCGCUGGGUGGCAGAUGUACUAACCACUCCCGUAAGCUUGUCAGAUUUUUCUCUGUCGCGGGAACGAUAACAACUGUUGUCGGUUCCUCUCGAUAGUUUUUCGAUUCUCGCUUGCCUGGAGUUAAUUUGGACUUCUUUUGGUGACAUAUUCGCUUUGUUUGGCUUGGCAUACGCUGAUUGUGGACCGGUUUGAUUUUGAGUUUGAUUUUCUUUAACGAUGUCUGAUCUAGAUUCGGUAGUUAAAACUUCGGUUUUGUUUAGGGUUUGCGUGAAUGAAGGAUGUAAGGUGAGGUUGCCGAAAGCUUCGGUAGACCCCCACACGGUUUGCAUGAAAUGCAGGGGGAAUGAAUGUUCUUUUGCUAACCCUUGUAGUGAAUGUAAGGGAUUGAAUGAAGAAGAAUAUAAGGCUCUCUCUUCUUAUGUUAGGAAGUUGGAACGUGAUAGAGUGUGUAAGGCUUCCUCUAGAAGUUCUAGUAGAUCUAGAAUGAGUGAGUUGGAUGUGGAUCCUAAUACUAACGUAGAAUUAGAACCUUCUUCCCAAGUUGCAGCCCCUGCUCCCCGCACCGAAGCCGAAGAUUCGCCUUCGGAGGCGGCAGCUCUGAGAGCCACGAUUCGUUCUAUGGAUCAGAAGAUUCGUCAGUUGGAAGGUAAGGAGAGUGUUAGUGAUCAGUGCAGUGUCCCCAGUGUUGUGGAGGGUGCGUCUGACCGGCUCCUUAGUGCCUCUAGGCCUAGACCUCUUCCAGACUCCCAGUUCCAGUGGAGUAGGAAAGUCGAAAGCCGCAAGAGGGCUAGGGAGAACCCCCACCGGUCAGGCGUCCCUCGGCAGAUCCUGAAGUACGCUCCCAGGCUGCCUCGGAUCGCUACAAGAAGGAGCUACUACGCCAAUGCUUCUCCUCUUCGUCGUCUCCCUCUCCGAAGAGAGGUUGGAACUCCCCGGAUGCGUCGCGCCCGUUGAAGAGGGCUUGGAAGGCUCCCUGCAGUCCUUUGGCUUCUAGU